ACGACCAUUUCCAUAAUCAUUUGCUUUUCUCUUCUCCUUCUUCUUCCAGAGAUCACACCCCGUGGCCGUCUCUCUCUAAUAAUUAUAUAUAUUUCCAAGAUGCAUCAUCAUCAUUCAUACAGUAACAAUUAUUUUUCAAAUCUCUUUUUAAUUAGCUGAUAAUUAUCAUAUAAAUCCUCCAACACCUCCCAUGGUUGAGUUUAGUUGUCAACACAUGACGUUCUCCCUCAGAGCUGGGCAAGUUUAAAAACUAUUUGAAGACCAUGUUUUCACACCAGAAAUGGAAGUGCUCAUGGUCUCAGAUAGCCACUGUUGCUUCUGUGAUUGUUCUGGUUUCACUCGUUCAUAUAUUUCUUGGCCCUGUGGUGCCUUCUUUUGAUUCUGUUAGUGUAAGGCAAGCUCAGAAUCUCUCUGGUACUAGUAAUGAUUCAAUCAGACAAGUGAGUGAAGACUCAAGUAAAACAGUUGUUGCCUUUGAUCGCCGGUUUCCUGCUGACUUACACGGUGCAGUAGUUUAUCGAAAUGCCUCAUGGAAAGCCGAGAUCGGACAAUGGCUUUCUAGUUGUGAUGCAGUUGCCAAAGAUGUUGACAUCAUCGAACCAAUUGGUGGAAGAAAGUGUCUGAAUGAUUGUAGUAGUCAAGGUGUUUGUAACCAUGAAUUUGGAAUUUGCCGUUGCUUCCAUGGAUAUACUGGCGAAGAUUGUUCACAAAAACUGCGGUUAGAGUGCAAUUAUGAGAAAACACCUGAGAUGCCAUAUGGUCGAUGGGUUGUUUCGAUUUGUUCUAGACAUUGUGAUACCACAAGGGCCAUGUGCUUUUGUGGAGAAGGCACAAAGUAUCCAAAUCGUCCAGUGCCAGAGUCAUGUGGAUUUCAAAUCAAUUCACCGGUGAAUCCUGAUGAACCUAAAAUGACAGAUUGGUCGAAACCAGACUUGGAUAUUUUAACAACAAAUAGUAGCAAACAAGGAUGGUGCAAUGUGGAUCCAGAAGAUGCAUAUGCUUUAAAGGUGCAAAUCAAAGAGGAAUGUGACUGUAAAUAUGAUUGUCUUUGGGGACGGUUCUGUGAAGUGCCUGUACAAUGCACCUGUGUUAAUCAGUGCUCUGGACAUGGCAAAUGCCGAGGAGGUUUCUGCCAGUGUGAUAAAGGCUGGUUUGGAACAGAUUGUAGUAUUCCAUCCACUCUCUCGACGGUUGGAGAGUGGCCACAAUGGCUUCGACCAGCUCAUCUCGAAGUUCCAAGUGAUAAAAAUGUCCCUGGAAAUCUCAGUAAUAUAAGUGCUGUGGUGAAGAAAAAGAGGCCUCUUAUAUACAUCUAUGAUCUACCCCCAGACUUCAACAGUUUACUUCUUGAGGGCCGGCAUUUUAAACUUGAGUGUGUUAAUAGGAUUUAUGAUGACAGGAAUGCAACAAUAUGGACAGAUUAUCUAUAUGGCUCCCAGAUGGCAUUCUAUGAGAACAUUUUGGCCACCGCUCAUCGUACACUGAAUGGCGAAGAAGCAGAUUUCUUCUUUGUUCCAGUUCUUGAUUCGUGCAUUAUAACUCGUGCUGAUGAUGCACCUCACCUUAGCAUGCAGAAUCAUACUGGAUUGAGAAGCUCGCUUACCUUAGAGUUCUACAAAAGAGCUUAUGAGCACAUCGUUGAGAAAUAUCCAUACUGGAACCGCUCAUCUGGGAGAGACCAUAUCUGGUUUUUCUCAUGGGAUGAAGGUGCUUGCUAUGCUCCUAAGGAGAUAUGGAAUAGCAUGAUGCUAGUUCAUUGGGGCAACACCAACUCUAAGCAUAACCAUUCUACAACAGCUUAUUGGGGUGAUAACUGGGAUGAGAUAUCUAAUGAGAGGAGAGGAGAUCAUCCUUGCUUUGACCCUCGCAAAGAUCUCGUGAUUCCAGCUUGGAAAGUUCCUGAUCCAUUCUCCAUGCGUGCCAAUUACUGGGCAAGGCCACGGGAGAAGCGGAAAACACUGUUUUACUUCAAUGGUAAUCUCGGACCUGCUUAUGAAAAGGGAAGGCCUGAAGAUUCGUAUAGCAUGGGAAUCAGGCAGAAGCUAGCAGAAGAGUUUGGUUCGAGUCCUAACAAAGAAGGUAAGCUUGGGAAGCAGCACGCAGACGAUGUCGUUGUCACUCCAUUGCGUUCUGACAAUUACCACAACGACAUAGCCACUUCAAUCUUUUGUGGUGUGUUCCCUGGAGAUGGUUGGAGUGGUCGCAUGGAAGAUAGUAUCUUACAAGGAUGCGUCCCAGUCAUCAUUCAGGAUGGAAUCUACUUACCUUAUGAGAACAUGCUCAAUUACGAAAGCUUUGCAGUUCGUGUUAGCGAAGACGACAUUCCAAGUCUCAUAAACACUCUCCGAGGAUUCAAUGAGACGGAGAUACAAUUCAGACUGGCCAAUGUAAAGAAGAUAUGGCAAAGAUUCUUGUUCCGAGACUCGAUCUUGCUCGAAGCAGAGAGACAGAAAGCUAGUUUUGGACAUGAAGAAGACUGGGCUGUUCAGUUCUCUAAACUGAAACACGACGAUAUCUUUGCUACUUUCAUACAAACUCUGCAUUUCAAGCUACACAACGAUCCAUGGAGACGAGAGCAAGUCGUGAACCGGACUAAAGAAUACGGAUUGCCUCAAGAAUGUCUCCAGAAAACCAGCUGAUCAAAAUCACACAAAAAAAGAAAAAAAAGUUGGAACUUUGUAAGUAAAUACCUCAGGAGCUGCAGAAGCAUAUACAACAUAUACUUGGCAGAAUCAUUGCCAUUGAUUCUUUUUGAAAAGGAAUAAUCUUGGGUUUUGAAUUUUAGGUACACACCAUCAACCAUAUCAUGUAAACAACACGCAGUUUUUUGUUUUUUAUACUGUAGUUUCUUGCUUUGUCUUGUCAAGGUCUGGUUUUGGUCUCGGUUCAACCAAAUCAUUAAGUUCAUUCCAUAUUUCGGUUCAACCAAAUCAUUAAGUUCAUUCCAUAUUUCGGUUCAACCAAAUCAUUAAGUUCAUUCCAUAUUUCGGUUCAACCAAA